AUGAUGUUCCCUACACCGAUGCCUUCCGAAUCUCGAAUUCGUACUUCUUCUCCCAGUGAGGGUGAGAGGGCCGGGCGCCACGCCAUGGAGUCAACCCGGGUGCAUGAGACAUAUUGCUCGCAGUCUGGAGUUAUGAUGGAUGAGAACUUUCCUACACAAAAGGCGUCCUACUCCCCGACGCCGUUCUCUCUUCAGCACUUCGGUGCUUACAAAAUCGAAUCACCGGUCAGAGCGGCUGAGUGUACGACCAUUCCAUCUUCUGAAAUCUGUUCUUCUCCGGCUUCACAGUCUCCUGUCUUGGGUUCUCACGGCAGUGAAGUAGAGUUGGCUUCACAAUCUCAUGCGUCUGGCCGAGAAUCGCAACUCGGGUCGAGCCCGCAAGAGAUGUAUGAACAUCUAUGGGUGGGAUCGCCUCCACUAACGGCGAUUCCUGAGGAGAGAGCUGAGGAUGCAGCUAACGAGCCUCUAUUGAAUCCUUCAAGUGCGGAUGUCUCGAAAGUAUCAACCGUCAAUUAUGAGGCUUCAGUGCCAGGUGACUGGAGCACGCCUGCUGCGAUGAUACACCCAAUACCGAGCGACGGCCCGCUCAGCAACCCUACAACACUCCCGAUACCGCUGCCUCUGCAAGAGGCAGUAGGAGUAACAUCAACAGACCCCAACGCCUCACCCUUAGAGAGCUUUCAAAACUCGCCAGGCGCGGGUGAUAACGACGACAGUUCAUCGGUCGUAUCCGUGAACGAGGGUGCCAGCACUUUUUCCGAUGGAGAUUAUUAUUCGGACAACUCGAGCUACACUGCUUCAUUGCUUUCGGAUGUAAAAAACUACUCCUACGAAAAUGGCCGACGCUACCAUUCCUAUCGUGAAGGGCACUACGUUCUGCCGAACGAUGACCAAGAGCAGGAUCGUCAAGAUCUGCUCCAUCAUGUUCGCAACCUCGUGUUAAGCGGCGCGCUUUAUCGAGCUCCUCUGGGCCCAGACAUCCAGCGAGCCUUGGACAUCGGCACCGGCACCGGUAUCUGGGCCAUUGAUUUUGCCGACAGCCACCCCAGCGCUGAAGUCACAGGGACCGAUCUAAGUCCGAUCCAGCCUUCUUGGGUUCCCCCCAAUCUACGAUUUCUUGUCGACGACGCUGAAUCGCCCUGGCUGUUCAAUGCUCAUCGGCCGUUUGACUUCAUCCACGCCCGCGAUCUGGGCGGUGCAAUUGCCGAUUGGCCGCAUUUGCUGCAGCAGGCUUUCACACAUUUGCGUGGCGGUGGCUGGAUCGAGUUGCAAGAGUUUGAAGUGACUCUGAAGUCGGACGACGAGUCGCUUCGUCGGGCUCCGGUGUUGUGCGAGUUUCUCGGCCGUCUGCAUCAGGCGAGCGAGGAGUUCCACCGGCCUAUGAAUAUCGCCGAGGGCCAUCGGCAGCGAUUGAUAGAGGCUGGUUUUGAAGAGGUUAGGGAUGAGGUCUUCAAGGUUCCGUCAAGCAGUUGGCCAGAUGAUCCGAUUCAGAAGCAGAUUGGUCGAUAUAACCUGUGCUCCCUCCUGAUGGCUGUGGAGUCGUACUCGUUGGCCCUUUUCACUCGCGUGCUCGGGUGGUCCAACACGCAGACACAAGUGUUCCUCGCUGGAGUUCGCAGAGAUCUCAAGAACCCCCGAAGUCCAUACUUAUUGCAAUCUUCAUAUUGUCUACGGUCGGAAGCCGAAUUAUGGUCGGAGCUUGGAUUAAGAAUUCGGCUGCCCGGGGGUUGCUUUUUGACGUGUCUGGAGCCCCGCGAACCUUCCUGGAUCACACUCCUACUUUCUAGUACCUCUGAGGCACUCCAUGGCCCCAAAGUAGUAAUCAAUAUGGCCAUUGGAAUGUACAAGGCGUUGGCGAUCUCCUCGCCUCAAGUGCUCACGAUGCUCUUCUGCACAACCUACGAAGUCCUAUUCUGGAUCGAGUCUGCAGUGGCCCUGACUCUACUUUGGCUCUUGCUGGACGCGAUCUACCAACUUUAUUGGUCCUCGCUCCAUCAAUUCCCGGGCCCAAAGCUCUGGGCCGUGUCCCGCGUUCCCUUGCAGCUGUCGGUCCUGCGCGGUUACAACCACCUCGACAUGACAGCCUUACAUGAGAAAUAUGGCCCAGUGAUUCGAAUCAGCCCUUAUGAGCUUGCGUUUAAUACUCCUGGGGCAUUCCAGGACAUCUAUAGGGCGAGGCCUGGUGGAUGCUUCCUGAAGGAUCGUACUCACUAUCUCCCUCCAGCCAACGGUACCGACCACCUUGUCUGCGCGGUGGACCAUUCGGUGCAUGCCCGCCAGAGAAAGCUUCUCGCACAUGCCUUUUCAGACCGGGCGCUACGAGAACAGGAAGGGUUGGUCCAAGGAUACGUUGACACUCUGGUCACCAAGUUACACGGAGAGAUUGAAAAGACCGGCUCGGAGGCAAGCGUCGAUAUCAAACAGUGGAUGAACUAUACGACAUUCGACAUCACUGGGGACUUGAUGUUCGGUGAAUCAUUUGAUUGCCUCAAGGACAGCCAGCUUCACCCAUGGAUCCAAUUGAUCUUCAAGUCCAUGAAGGCUCUCUCCUUUGCGGGCGUGGUCCACCAAUUUCCCCUUCUUCGUUACUUAUCAAACUUCUUGAUCCCUAAAGAGGUUACUCACAAAGCGAAGCAGCAUUUCGAUAUUACUGCCGAGAAAGUCGAUCGCCGACUAGAGGCACGAGUCACUCGGCCAGACUUUAUCUCCGCCUUGCUGCAGAACGGGGUGAGAGAGGGGAGUAAAGGACCAUACACGGACGGGGAAAAGACGUUAAGCAGAGCAGAGAUUCACUCGAAUGCUUUCAUCCUCAUCAUCGCAGGAAGCGAGACAUCCGCAACACUGUUGAGCGGCUGCAUCUACUAUCUCUGCACGCAUUUGCAGGUGAUGCACCGACUCGUCUCUGAGAUCCGCCGCUCCUUCCUCAAAGAAGAAGAUAUCAACUUUCGCGACGUAGCAGCUCUUCCGUAUCUCGCGGCAGUCAUCGAGGAGUCAUUGCGCAUGUAUCCGCCGUUUGUCACAAGCUUAGCCCGAGUUGUCCCCAGUGGAGGCUCAAUGAUUGAUGGGCACUUUGUGCCGGGGAAUACUAUUGUCUCCUGCCACCACUAUGCAUCGUAUCGAUCUCCUACCAACUUUUCCUCGCCCAACGACUUUAUCCCGGACAGAUGGCUUGGUCAGAAUGCUCGCUUUACCGGAGAUAGGAAAGAGGUACUACAGCCCUUCAGUCUCGGGCCUCGUAACUGUCUUGGAAAAAGGCUGGCGUACAGCGAAAUUCGCCUUAUACUUUGCAAACUUUUCUAUCAUUUUGAUGUGACUCUGUCUCCGGAAAGUAUCAACUGGACACAACAAAAAGUUCAUUUCUUAUGGGAUAAACCCGCACUUAUGGUCAGACUUCGCUCUCGAUUUGCAGCGAAUGAGAAGCAGAGAGCAUGA